GUAUGCAAUAGAGACAUUUGUAUGGCAAAAUUAUUUACAUUCGUUUAACUGGCCAAAAAUCAAAAUGGAAAACUUGGCGUUGAGGCGAGGGGCCAAUGCCAGCUGCAACUUCAACAAUAUGACAGACGAACAGCUGCAGGCUUGGCACACAGCCGUGCUGUCGGAGGCGCAGCGCGAGAAUUAUGUUAACCAUAACUUGGAAAUUGUGCGACAUUAUCGCACCGAGGCGAUUUCCCGUGCGCCCGCUUUCGAUCUUGAGCGCAAUGCCAUAGACGCAGCUAUCGCCCGGCAUGGCCUAUGCGUGCCCCAUGCUGUUGCCAGCAGUGAGAGCAUUGCGCGCACACAGGCAGCAGCAGCAGCAGCACUAGCCGCUACCCAGGAGGAGCUACAACCGCCUCCAAUACGACGUCCACGAAUGGAACAGCCGGAGGAGCAGCAGCCGAACGUUACUGCUGCGCCCAGCGUGAGCGGCACAGCUGCAGCUUCAGCUACAGCGACUGGCAGCAGAUAUGGCCACUAUGUUGCACUGGCCCACAUAUUCUCCGAUACGUAUGCGGCAAGCUCCACGGAGGCAACAGUCGCAGCCAGUGGAGCCGUGAGUGCCAAUGGCGAUGUCAGUAGCACUAAUAAUAAUAAUAAUAGUAGUACUAAUAAAAAUCAGGAGCCCGAGGAGGCGGAAAUAAAUGAUAUGGCGAUAACGAAAACCAUUGAUAGUCUGGGCCUGCGUCGCACCUAAUGUAGUUGUAAU